GAGAGAGAGAAAUAGGAAGAAAGAAAGAGAGAGCUUUGAAUCAGAAAUUUUCUGAGGAGAGAGAUCAGAGAUGGCUUGUAACCCUGAAUUCCUUAAGUGCUAUGAAGAACGGAAGCAGGAAAGCUUCUUCAAAGUUGUUAACAGUGUUGCCAUCUCUUCCGAAAACAUGCGAGCAAUUCCUCACGACUUUGCGAGAAAGUUCUCUGACAAUGAGCUCUUGGGUAAGAUGAAGAUAAGAGUGCAUUGGGGAAGCUCUUGGGAAGUAAAAAUAUCGAAAAACCCUAGAUUCUACUUCAUGGAGAAGUCCGGAUGGGAGAAGUUUGUGACUGACAAUGCCUUGGGAAGAAAUGAGUUCCUCACCUUCACUCACAAAGGAAAGAUGCACUUUAGUGUUAACAUCAUGAAGCAAAUUGGCAAGGAGAUGCUUCAACCUCCACAAACCAGAGCCUUCUUUGCUUCUUCGAGUCGUUUUAAAACAGAACAAGGUGUCAAGACUGAAGAGGAGGUGGUGUCUUCUGACUUGAAUUCUCGUGGCCCGAGAACAGCACCUGAAUCUAAUGGAGAAGGCAUGUGCAGAAGGAAGCUCAACUUUGAGAAGAAGAAAGCUGAGGAAUCCCAAAAUUCCAAGAGGACUGAGAGAGUGGUUGGUAUCCAGAGAGAUUUUGCAGGCACAUCUUCGUCUUCUGUAGCAGGUUUCAGCAUCGUUAUCACGAAAUCAUACCUCACAUCUCUUGCGCUCCCGGUAUCUGUUGUAAAUUUUAUGCCGAGAGUGAAAUCAGUGGUCAAGAUCCAUCAUCCAAAUGGGAAAAAGUUAUGGAAGGUGGUGUUUUUGGUAACGAGGAGGGGUCGCCUUUUCUCUGGUGGAUGGAGAAGUUUGUGUAUGGAUUAUCCUGUUGCUUUGGGGGACACUUGCAAAUUCACACUCAUCAACCCACACGAGCUGCUUCUAGUUGUUACAAAGCCCUAAGAGAGGAGACUCACUGAUGUCUGAUGAUGAUGGAUGUGAGGGUGUCUUGUAGGACAAGCAACUGAGUAAAUCUGCUUUAUGUUUAAUGGUGUGUUAUGUAAUGACUUAGUUCGGUUUUAGUCUGCUAUCUAAACUUUCCCACUUUGCCUGUAGCUUCAUAUAUUUGGGACCAAUUUUAAUAUUUUUGUUGUUUCCGUGAGA